AGAGGCCGAGGUGAGGGCUGAAGGAGGCACAAAGGAGUCGCUGGGUAGAGGAGGGUGGGAGAGGGGAAGCCCAGAGGCUAGAGGAGGAAGAGGAGCUAGAGCAGCGGUGCGCCGCGUCUCCGACCACUCAGUCCGACCGCGGCGAGCCAGCCGGCGGGUGCGCCGCCCCCUCCCCCGCCCGGCCUCCCCAACUCUGCGGCCGCGAGCAAAGUUUGCAAGGAGGCGCGUGAAGCGGCCGGGCAGCUAGGCGGCAGCGGAGAAGGCGCGCGGUCUCUGGGUUGGGGGCGGGGGCUGGGGGGCGCCCAGGAGCCGAGUGGGGGGCGGCGGCCAGCAUGCGGGCCCGCAGCGCCCUGCCCCGCAGCGCCCUGCCCCGCCUGCUGCUGCCACUGCUGCUUCUGCCGGCCGCCGGGCCGGCCCAGUUCCACGGGGAGAAGGGCAUCUCCAUCCCGGACCACGGCUUCUGCCAGCCCAUCUCCAUCCCGCUGUGCACGGACAUCGCCUACAACCAGACCAUCAUGCCCAACCUUCUUGGCCACACGAACCAGGAGGACGCGGGCCUGGAGGUGCAUCAGUUCUACCCGCUGGUGAAGGUGCAGUGCUCGCCCGAGCUGCGCUUCUUCCUGUGCUCCAUGUACGCUCCGGUGUGCACGGUGCUGGAGCAGGCCAUCCCGCCGUGCCGCUCCAUCUGCGAGCGCGCGCGCCAAGGCUGCGAGGCGCUCAUGAACAAGUUCGGCUUCCAGUGGCCCGAGCGACUCCGCUGCGAGCAUUUCCCGCGUCACGGCGCUGAGCAGAUCUGCGUGGGCCAGAACCACUCCGAGGACGGAGCUCCUGCGCUACUCACUACCGCGCCACCUUCUGGGCUGCAGCCCGGCGCGGGUGGCACCCCGGGCGGCCCUGGCGGUGGUGGCGCGCCCCCACGCUACGCCACUCUGGAGCACCCUUUCCACUGUCCCCGCGUCCUCAAGGUGCCGUCCUAUCUCAGCUAUAAGUUUCUGGGUGAGCGCGAUUGUGCCGCGCCCUGCGAGCCCGCUCGGCCCGACGGCUCCAUGUUCUUCUCGCAGGAGGAGACGCGUUUUGCCCGUCUCUGGAUCCUCACAUGGUCGGUGCUGUGCUGCGCUUCUACCUUCUUCACGGUCACCACCUACUUAGUGGACAUGCAGCGAUUCCGUUACCCAGAGCGGCCCAUCAUCUUUCUGUCCGGCUGCUACACCAUGGUGUCAGUGGCCUACAUUGCGGGCUUCGUGCUCCAGGAGCGCGUGGUGUGCAAUGAGCGCUUUUCCGAGGACGGUUAUCGCACGGUGGUGCAGGGCACUAAGAAAGAAGGCUGCACUAUUCUCUUCAUGAUGCUCUAUUUCUUCAGCAUGGCCAGCUCCAUCUGGUGGGUGAUUCUGUCCCUCACCUGGUUCCUGGCAGCCGGUAUGAAGUGGGGCCACGAGGCCAUCGAGGCCAAUUCGCAGUACUUCCACCUGGCCGCCUGGGCCGUGCCGGCCGUCAAAACCAUCACCAUCCUGGCCAUGGGCCAGAUCGACGGCGACCUGCUGAGCGGCGUGUGCUUCGUGGGCCUCAACAGCCUGGACCCGCUGCGGGGCUUCGUGCUGGCGCCGCUCUUCGUGUACCUGUUCAUCGGCACAUCCUUCCUGCUGGCCGGCUUCGUGUCACUCUUCCGCAUUCGCACCAUCAUGAAGCACGACGGCACCAAGACGGAGAAGCUGGAGAGGCUGAUGGUGCGCAUCGGUGUCUUCUCGGUGCUCUACACCGUCCCGGCCACCAUCGUCAUCGCCUGCUACUUCUACGAGCAGGCCUUCCGCGAGCACUGGGAGCGCUCGUGGGUAAGCCAGCACUGCAAGAGCCUAGCCAUCCCCUGCCCGGCCCACUACACGCCCCGCAUGUCGCCCGACUUCACAGUCUACAUGAUCAAAUACCUCAUGACGCUCAUCGUGGGCAUCACGUCGGGCUUCUGGAUUUGGUCCGGCAAGACGCUGCACUCGUGGAGGAAGUUCUACACGCGUCUCACCAACAGCCGGCAUGGCGAGACCACCGUGUGAAGCGGUCUCGCCUGCCGGGCGCCCCCCUCUCCCAGGUCCGGACUGCACCGUGCCCUCCUUCACUCGGGAUGGGAGUGCACCCUACGGACUCCUAUUUUAUUUUUUUAAAUAAAGAACAGUAAAAACCA